GUGAGUGGCACCACUGUAAUAUUACUCAGAUAUAAAAAGAGUUCAUGUAAGGAAGAAAUUAUAGAUAGUAGGCACUGGCUUGCAUCCACUAAGGUGACAUUGGGGAAUGGGCGGGUGGCUUAUCCGGUGGUGGCGGUGUCAUGUUCGGGUCUCUGGGCCGCACCAGGGGCGGUCUGGUCCAGAUUCUCUGUGCCAGAGACCGCGGGGGGCGGGGUGCACAUCGAGCCCCACUACCGGCAGUUCCUGGGGCUGACCCGCCAGCAGGUGAUCCACGGUGAACUCCUCAGUGGCUUCAUGUGGUUCUGGAUCCUGUGGCACUUCUGGCACAACCCGGACGCAGUACUGGGUCACUUUCCUUACCCAGAUGCUUCAAAAUGGACAGAUGAGGAAUUGGGGAUCCCUCCUGAUGAUGAAGAAUAGAUUUACGGCUCCAGCUACCAAUGUAUCCUGUGGUAGGAUCUCUGAAGAAGUUGAGGCUUUGGCUCCUGUAUAACUGUUUCAGCAAUUCCACAUUGUAAAUAAAAACUCAACCUACAAGCUAAAAAAAAGGAGGGGGGGGGGGCAAGGGGGAAAUGAAGAAACUGAUUUGUGAAUCCCAGGAGCACAUUUCCAAGUUAAGGAGCCACAGGAUAAGAUUUAAUUAGUCUCUUGCCAAAGGGAAACAAGAGAAUCCCAUCUCUAUUUGACAUCCAUGAAUAAUGAAACAUUUUUUUCUCCUCCUGCCUGUCAUGUUUUCAUUUACUUUAGUGGCAACCACUGUGCUGCUAUAAUGAAGACUGGAACUAGGUUCCCAUUAUAAUCCCCCUUAUUUUCAUUGUGUAUAAUCUGACAAUAAAAGUUCAUUC